UUUCACAUUUGAUAAAAUUCUUAGAGAACAAAUAAGAGUUUGAUUUGUAUUUGUUGCCAUCAGUUUUUUUAGAAAAACUCGUCUUACUUUCUUAUUUCAUGAUAUAUCGAGCAUAAAUAAAACAAUAUGGAAGAAAUAGAAAAUAGUGAAAUAAAUACUAUGUCCAAUCAGGAUAUCUUAUCAUUAGUUUGUAACGAAAAUUCCCUCGGUAAAAUGGCUAUCAUCGGCAAUUCAAUGGAAGAUUCUGAAAAAAUUGAUUCGGAAUUACAACCAGAAGAUUCAAGUGUUUUCACUCAAACUGCGUGGCAUAGUAACGGAACGGAUCAACUACAAGUUCCACUCUGCGAAAUUCAGAACUCUCAGGAAAAUUCAAUUCACUACGAUACCUAUAAUUCUUAUUUUGGCAGCAGUGGUGGGGCAACUUUCACUGAGCUUCGAACACCAAUUGUUGUUCCAAGUUAUAAUUUUUAUGAUGCGCCUUCGUCAUCUUCUGCUCCGUUCUUGAACGUUCCAUGUUAUGGGAAUUCGGCUAGAAGUAGAUCUUCAGUUUCUAAAAAUUUUAAAACAAGAAAAGAUGCAUUUGUAUUCCGGAGAAGAUCUAUCAAAGCAAAAGAACGCCGCCGGUGCCCUAGCGGCAUGACGCGCGAAGAGCAGAAGAAGAGUGCUUGCGACCGCGAGCGCUGCCGAAUGAGGGACAUGAACAAGGCCUUCGACCUGCUCAGGCAGAAGCUGCCUUGCUGCAAGCCGGCCGGCAAGAAGCUCUCCAAAAUAGAAGCUCUCAGAUCAGCCAUAAAGUACAUCUAUCAGUUACAGCACAUUCUGUCGUCGACAGUAAAUAGUUCAGUCACGGACAACGAACUAGGAAUGCAACAGCAACAUAUGUUAGCUGCUGCUCCUAAUUAUUAUAAUUGGAUGAAACAGGAAAAAGAGUUCCUAACUUAUGAGCCCAUUUCUGCAGUAAAUUCCAGCGAAUAUUACUGGCAUUUUGAUAGUGGUGAUUCAACACAAUACAUUUACCAGGAUGAAUACCAUUAUUCAGAAAAUGCAAGUUAACAGGUGUUCUGAUCUUCAUUCACACACUUGUAUAUCACUCAAGAUAUUUCUAUUUGU